UUGAUUCAGUGCUCAUUCAGCGGAAGAUGCAAGAAACAUUUUCUCUUCGGCGCAAAGAAGUUGUAGAGAUCCAGCCACUAGUUCAGGAGAUCAGAGAGAGAUGGCCUGCACUUUUUCUAAAGGACGAGAUCUGCAUGGAGUUUUUUCGUAUCAGCAAUGUUGACCUCCUGGGGAAAUUCAACGCAUCCCUUGACAAGUACACAACACCUCUCCUGAAACUGUACAGGAAGAGAACAGAUGCAUUCGGAGAGGAAAUGAAGAGUCUACUCGACAAGCUCGAUGAACAGGUGAGUGACAUUACCACACAUCGGAAAAAAACUGCUCUUGAGGGAUUGCCGCUUUUCCUGCGGGAGAAUCCAGCAAGUUUGCUCAAUAUGUGCCUGGAUACAGAUGCUUUGAGCUGCAGCACCAAAGGUGUAAAGAUUGGAAUCCUUUCUGUGGUAGAAGAUGAUGUUGCCACCGUCACAUCGCUUCCAACUGUAAUCAACAUCGCCAUAAUCUUGGAGGAGGCCAUUGUGCUUGAAGACAUAAAAGAUCUUCCAUCUGCAUUUGCAUAUUUGUUCGGCCUCUUAUAUGCACUUAACAUGGAAUAUCCAAAAGAGCUGAAGUAUAGCUUCGAGGUCAUCCAGAAAGUCUUCAUGGAUCUAGGUGGUACCUGCUCAUCAAGAGUGCAGUCAUUGAAAUCCAAACUUUGCUAAAUGGAUGAAGCCACUUGAAUGACAUUCUUCCAUUGGCUUUUGUUUUUCAUACUUUUGUAGUUAAUGGCUACAAAAAACACUUACUGUUUUCAUUCAGUGUGCUAAUUAAUGCCAAGUAUUUUUAUUUAUUUAUUUUUUAUUUUUUUGUUGUUGUUUCAGCCUUUACCUUAAAGGAAAAGUUCACCCAAAAAUUAAAGUUCUUUGAUUAUUUACUCACUCUCAUUUUUCUACUUUCAAUUGAUUGGUUACCAGCAUUCUUUACAAUAUCUUUAUAUCAAAAGAAGAAAGAAACUCUUCAACUCCGUUGUAAACUCGAGUAAAUGAUGAAAGCACU